AAGCAAUAUCUCAAGUCCUUCUUCUUCCACUUGCAUCUCUUCUCUUCCACAGAAUAACAUGGCCAAACUACCAUCAACAAAUCUUGUGCAAGAUUCAAUGAAACCCUACAAACCCAAAGAAUAUUACCCUGAAAAAGCCAAGGGCAUAUCCUUCUUGGCCUUUUUCUUCUCCAUAUGCAUUUACAUUUCCAUCUUCUACAUCUUCAACCUCUCUCUCCACACUCUCUUCCACAACACCAAGUUCUGGUUUGCCAUAUCCAACACUCUCAUCCUCAUCAUUGCAGCUGACUAUGGCGCCUUCUCUUCCGCCAAAGAUAAUAUACAAGACCAACAUCUUUACCAAGACUACAUGAGCCACCGCCAAGCUCGAAGUGUUUCCUCAUUUGUUUCUCAAUACCCUGAAAUAGCUUUCAAGAAAAGCAGCUGUCCCAAUAAGCAAUCAGAGGUGGACGUGGACGACAUGAAAGCAAAGAAUGAAGAAGUGGCAGACACUCAAAAUAAAGAAGUUGUCCAAGAAAAGAGUGUCGUCCACGUGUCGAAAGGCGAUGAUCAGAACAAAGGUUGCGGCAGAGAAAAUGUUGCAGCAAAAACUUACCAGCGAAGUAAGUCUGAGAAAACAAAGACAAAGGGAGCUGUGAUCGAUGAGAGGAAGAAGGAUAUUUUGAAGAGGUCAGAGGAUGAGAAGAAGUACGAGCCAAAUACUGUUGAAGACAAUGAAUUUUCGGUCAUGUCAGAUGAAGAAUUGAACAGGAGAAUUGAAGAAUUUAUUCGGAGGUUUAACGAGCAGAUUAGGCUUCAAUCAGCAGCUACAAACUCCCACCAAGUCUAGAAGUUAAUGUUCCAUGCAUAUAUGGAAUAUGAAAGAGAGUUCAUCGCCCAAAAAUUUUGUGUUUCUGUUUCAGCUCUCAAUUAAUUAUGUAAAUACUCUGGAUUUCAUGUUUAGUAUGAAUAGUUUUUGUAUGCA